CGCUACCUCCGCCAAUGGGCAAAGACCACGAUUGUCAUGGAACCGUCCUGAGCUUACGUUUGUAAGAAUGGCAAAUACGUGAAGAGGCGGUGGCGUGUAUCCUGAGCGUCAAGCGAUUGCUUGAGGAUUGAAGGAAUGGAAGCUCUACAACCGUCUUCGAUCAAAAUCUGGCCUGCAUGGUUAUCUGUUUUGGUGCUAAGUUCUAUGUACAAAGACUGUGAUGGCACAACACAGGCUGAAAUAAACAAGCAUUUGGAGAUGGGGAGAGACUUCCUGGGACGUGGACAGCUACAGGAUGCCUUAUCGCAUUACCAUGCAGCUGUAGAGGGAGAUCCAGCCAACUAUCUGACUUACUUCAAACGAGCUACUGUCUACUUAGCACUUGGGAAGUCAAAAUUUGCCCUUAUGGAUCUGGAUAGGGUACUUGAACUGAAGCCAGAUUUUACAGCUGCCCGUUUGCAGCGAGGUAAUGUCCACUUGAAACAAGCCCAGCUGCAAGAAGCUUUAAGAGAUUAUACAGAUGUGCUCCAGGAGAAUCCAUUUAAUGAAGAAGCCCUUCUUGGACAGAGUAGAGUGGAACCUGCAAUGUAUGACAUACAGUUAGCAGAGAGAUAUGUUGAAAUUGGUGAAUGUAGUGCUGCGAUUGAAACCAUCACUAAAGUAAUAGAGGUUUGCCCAUGGGCAUCCCAUUUGCGAGAGUUGCGAGCCGACUGCCAUGUUGCACUUGGUGACACAAUGUCUGCUAUUUCAGAUAUCAGAUCAACAACAAAAUUGGAGUCUGACAACAUAGUUGGUUUCCUCAAAUUGUCUCGUCUUCUGUACCAGCUUGGACAAGCCCAGGAAUCUUUGAAGGAGAUCAGAGAAUGUCUCAGGUUAGACCCUGAACAUAAAGAGUGCUUCCCUUUCUACAAAAAAGUAAAGAAAGUGGACAAAUUUCUUCAGGAUAUGGAAACAGCAGCAAAUAACAAAGAUUAUACAAAAUGCGUUGAACAAGCUAAAAAGGUGCUGAAAGAGGAGCCCACCAUUCAGAUGAUUUCUUUUCUUGCAAAACAGAAAUUGUGCCAUUGUUACUUGAAAUCAGAUCAAUUGUCCCUGAGUAUUCAGAGUUGUAGAGAGGCUCUAGAACUUCAGAAAGACCCAUAUGUACUUUGUGACCGUGCUGAAGCCUACAUCAGCAGCGAAAUGUAUGAUGAUGCUAUUCAUGAUUACCAGGAUGCUCUUGAAAUGGAUGAAAACUUGCAACGUGCUAAGGAGGGCCUACAGAGAGCAAGAAAACUCCAGAAGCAAGCGGAAAAAAGAGAUUACUAUAAAAUCCUUGGUGUGAAGAGGACAGCAAGCAAGCAAGAAAUUAUAAAGGCUUACCGAAAAAUGGCACAGAAGUGGCAUCCAGAUAAUUUCCAAGGGGAUGAGAAGAAAAUAGCAGAAAAGAAAUUCAUUGACAUUGCAGCUGCUAAAGAAGUAUUGACAGAUCCAGAUAAGCGUAGCAAAUUUGAUAUGGGCGAAGAUCCAUUAGACCCAGAGGCUCCAAAUCAACAUGGAUUUAAUCCAUUUCAGCACCACCAUUUCCACGGCAGUCCAUUUCAGUUCAAGUUCCACUUCAACUGAAUGAUGCGAGGCUGGUCCUACACACACAGUUGGAGAAAAACAAAUCCACAACACACUGCUUGAAAUGUGGUGUAUUAUUUCAACCAACAGCUGCUGCAUGUGUGUGUGUG